CAAUUCAAAUUGUGACACCUUCGUUGAUGGUUGUAUUAAGUUAGUUUUGGAUGUUUUUCGUAUUAUUCAAUUAAACUUUAUAUUAGUAACUUCUUAUAGGCUCAAAGUUUUCAAUACAUUACGACAAACAAAGUUUGUUAAGAAAACUUAAGAUGGCACACUCCUCGGAGAGCAAAGGCUUAAAAAGCGGAGCAAUUGAUUUUGUUGCAGGAUCACUUGGUGGUGUAGCAGUUGUUUAUGUUGGGCAACCAUUGGAUACAGUGAAAGUAAAGAUGCAAACGUUCCCUCACCUAUAUAAAGGCAUGUAUGAUUGUUUAAAACAGACACUCAGAAAUGAUGGCAUAAUCCGAGGGCUAUAUGCAGGGACCACACCAGCGAUAAUGGCCAAUGUUGCAGAGAACUCUGUACUUUUUGCAGCAUAUGGCUAUUGUCAAAAGUUUGUUUGUCAUGUUACAGGUACCGAGAGCACGGACCAACUUUCUAUGAUGGGUAAUGCAACUGCGGGAUUCCUGGCCGCUUUCUUCUCGUCAUUUACUUUGUGUCCCACUGAACUGAUCAAGUGCCAACUUCAAGCCAUGCGAGAGGUCAACAUGCAAGGCUCCCAAACAGCUAUAACGCCGCUACAGCUGUCUCAACAGAUAUUCAAACAAUAUGGGAUACAAGGUCUCUUCAGAGGUCUGGUGCCGACCAUCAUGAGGGAGAUGCCAGGAUAUUUCUUCUUUUUCGGUGGAUAUGAAGGUACAAGAGAAUUAUUAGCGAAGCCAGGACAGUCAAAGGAUGAUAUAGGCUUUGUUAGAACAAUGAUCGCGGGCGCAGUGGGCGGCUGUGUUCUGUGGACUGUCAUCUUUCCUUCUGACGUCAUCAAGUCACGUGUACAGAUAUCAAACAAAAAAUUAAAGUUCCUAACAGUCGGAUAUGAGAUUGUAAAGAAUGAAGGUAUCUUAGCUCUUUACAAUGGAUUAAAACCUACUCUAAUAAGAACAGUUCCGGCGACCGCUGCAUUAUUCGUAGUGUACGAAUAUUCCAAGAAAUUUAUGCAUCAAUCGUUUGGAGAUUAAUUAUUAACUUUUAUAUGACAAUAAUGAAUACUCUGUACAGCAUUUAUGAAUAGUUCUGCAAAAAGUAUACAAGAACAUACUGUUAUCUCUCUUUUUCCAAACAGAACGACAGAGAUGUCGGUAUUUUUGUGUAGUUUGUUUAGUUUAGUCAAUGUAAGUUUACGGUACUGGCAAGCUACUUCCUAAAACAAUAAUUUAUUUUAUAUUAAACAAAGACAAAUAUAUUUUAAGUUAUAAAAAUCUUAUGACAUGUUGAAAUGUAUAAUUAUUAUUACUCGUGUUUUAAUUUUCCUUUAGUCCAAUCGACACGGAAGGUCUCGACUAAUGAGGUUAUCUGGAUUAUCUUUUCUUGCGAUAUUUAUUGCGCAUUGCUGUUUGCUGCUAUUUUUAAACUCCAUUUAAUUAUG